AUGUUAGGGUCCGACGGCCAUGAGAGCAAUUAUGACUGGGAUUUCAUCCAGCACUACGUGAAGGAGGACAAGAGGGACAGAAGCGUCACCCAGGACCAGCACUACUGGGGCGCGGAAAUAGCCUCCAACCCACCCACCGUCUCCUACAACGAACAAAAAUACGGCUUCUCCUUCAUCUCCUCCACCCCCUCCCACGACCCGGACCCAACCCGCCAGGUCCUCGAGCGCAUCGCCUUCAUCCGCCUGACCCACUACGGCGGCUUCUACGACUUCAUCCCCGACCUCGCCAUGGCCGACACGGCCUACACCAACCUCGCCCUCCCCGCCCACACGGACAACACUUACUUCACCGAUCCCUCCGGCCUCCAAGCGUUCCACCUCCUCUCUCACACCCCUCCCCCGGGUGUUUCUGCCGAGACCGUCCAGGGCGGUGCUUCCUUGUUGGUGGACGGUUUCAACGCCGCCAAGGUGUUGAAAAAGGAGGACCCAAAGGCGUACGAGAUUUUGACUCAAGUCCGACUGCCCUGGCAUGCGAGCGGGAACGCGGGGAUUACGAUCACCCCGGAUAGGUUGUAUCCCGUGUUGGAGGUGGUGGAUGGGGAGCUGGGGAGGGUGAGGUGGAAUAAUGAUGAUAGGGGGGUUGUGCCGUUUGGGGAGGGGUAUACUCCCGAGGAGUGGUAUGGGGCGGCGAGGAAGUGGGAUGAGAUGCUGAGGAGGAGGGAGAGUGAGUAUUGGGUGCAGUUGACGCCGGGGAGGGUGCUUGUGUUUGACAACUGGAGGGUUAUGCAUGGGAGGAGUGCGUUUGAGGGGAUUAGGAGGAUUUGUGGGGCUUAUAUCAACAGAGACGAUUGGAUCUCGAGAUGGAGAAACACCAACUUUGACAGGAAGAAGGUGUUGGACAGUGUAAUCGGGUAG